CGUCCCGUCCGCACUCACGUGACACGCCAGCAGCAGACGCCACAGUUCACAUGACGCUCAAAAGCUUCGCUUCUGCAGGAAACCAAGACCGACGACGACCUGCGUCAUCCGCGUCUUCCAGCGGCGACAAAGAAGAACAAGGCGGCGAUUGAAAAACAAAAAAUUGUCACUGCUUUAUUUCCAAAGUCACGUCGAGUCAAAGCGCGCACUUGGCUCGGCACGACACACCUGCGUCGGCGGCAGGAGUUCAGCAUCCAGUCGGUGACAGAAAAUCCUCCCCGGUUGUGACAUUAAAGACUCCAAAGAUGAGAUAUUCCCAGGCGUGUGGUUCCUUGCUGCUCCUCGUCUGCCUUGCGGGCUUAGGAUGCAUCCAAGCUGUUACUCUUGAAGUGCGGGAGGGGAACUCCACAUGCAUCAAGGCAGAAAUCUCCGCCUUUUUCUCCAUCACUUACAAUGCCUCCAGCGGUGCAAGGAGUGUGCAGGUCCCGCUGCCCAACACAACCAGGGUGGAUGCCAGCAGCACGUGCGGCACAGCAGGUGGCCUCCCGGGCCUGGUGGCAACCUUCGGACCUGGGCACGCCGUGGGCCUGAGCUUCUCAAGGAACGGAAGUCUCUACAGCGUGGACAACCUCACCCUGCAAUACAACCUCAGCGACCCCUCCAUUUUCCCCGAUGCCAACAGCUCUGACGUGGUCACUGUUGUGUCAACCUCUGUUGGAAUCCGGGCCGCCAUCAACACCACCUACCGCUGUAUGAGCGCCACCUCCGUCGCCGUGGGAGCACAAGUGGUCACCUUCUCCGACAUGAGGCUCCAGGCCUACAUGCCAGGAGACGACCUGAGUCCAGCCGAAACCACCUGUGCAGCAGACCAAGCCACCACUGUCGCUCCCUCCACCACCCGGACUCCGAGCACACCACCCCCAGAACCAAGCACACCUGAACAAGGGGUGUACUCCGUUAGAAAUCUCAAUGGCACCAUUUGUUUCCUGGCCCAAAUGGGACUGCAGCUCAAUUUCUCCUACGUCUCUCAAUCGCAGAAUAAGACCAUCCAAGAAAUUUUCAAUCUCAACCCAAAUCUGACAAGUUCGUCCGGAUCAUGCGAGGCAUCAAGAGCUACUUUAGUUCUGGUCCAAGACAGAACGACCACACUGGGAUUCACCUUCAGCAUGAACUCCACCAGCAACAAGUUCUACCUGAGUGCCAUCAACUUGUCUGCUGACUGGCCUGACAUGACAGUGCCCUUCUCCGCCGGCAGCACGGAGCUGGACUACCUGCGCACCACCCUGGGGCGCUCGUACAAGUGCAACAUGGAGCAAAGUCUGCCGGUGCAGCCCGGCUUCUCCCUCAACACCUUCAGGCUGCAGGUGCAGGCCUUCAAUGUCACCACCAACCAGUUUGCCACAGCUGAGGAGUGUCAGAUGGACCAGGACCAGAUGCUGAUCCCCAUCAUCGUGGGAGCCGCACUGGCCGGCCUGGUGCUCAUCGUGCUGGUCGCCUACCUCAUCGGCCGCAAGAGGAGCCAUGCUGGCUAUCAAACCAUCUGAACUCAGGUCUGCUCCCACGAGAUCCUGGAGGACUGAGUGAGUGAUGAGGAUCCUGAUGGGAGGACGACCGAGUGAUGAAGAUCUUGAAGUGAGGAUGAAUGAUUGACGACUGAGUAAGGAGGACUCAUUGACGAAGAUCCUGACGUGGGGACUGAGUGAGUGAUGAGGACUGAGUGAGGAAGAGUCUGACGUAAGUAUGACUGAGUAAUGAGGACUGAGUGAUGAUCCUGACGUGAGGACAACCCUGACAUAUGACACUGACCUGAGGACGACUGAGUAAUGAGGACUCAUUGAUGAAAAUCCUAACGUGGGGACUGAGUGACGACGACCGAGUGAGGAAGAUCCUGACAUGAGGACGACCGAGUGAGUAAUGAGGACUGAGUGAUGACAAUCCUGGCAUGAAGGACGACUGAUUGAUGAAAAUCCCGACGUGGGGACUGAGUGAUGAGGACUGAGGGAAGAUUUUGACACGAGGAUGACAGAGUGAAGACUGAGUGAUAAAAAUCCUGACAUGGGGACUGAGUGACGACGACCGAGUGAGGAAGAUCUGGACAUGACUGAGUGAGGAAUAUCCUGACAUAAGGACGACCGAGUGAGGAAGAUCCUGGCAUAAGUAUGACUGAGUGAGUAAUGAGAGGACUGAUGAAAAUCCUGAUGUGGGGACUGAGUGAUGAGGACUGAGUGAAGAUUCUGAUGCGAGGACGACUGAGGAAAAUCCUGGCGUGGGGACUGAGUGAGGACGACUUGAGUAAUGAAGAUCCUUAUGUGGGGACUGAGUGAGGAUGACUCUGAUUUAUGACCCUGACGUGAGAAAAACUGAGUGAUAACUGGGACUGAGUGAUGACAACUAAGACUGAGUGAUGACAGGUGAGACUGAUGAUGAGUGAGCGAUGACAAGUGAGACUGAGUCCACACAAGAAGACUGCAGAGACAAGCGUGAAGAGAAUGGAAACAAAUUGCCAAGUCAGCAUGUUUGUGGUGACUUUCUAGAUUUCCUUGACUUGCUGUGUUGAUAAAAGUGCAACCAACUUUUCCAGUCCGAGUUAGCACAAUUGUUUUUUGUUUUUUUUUAAAUAUUCACCUGUCAGUGGUCUCAUAUGGAAUCUGCUGAAGUUAUUUAUAGAUCAUCUUUCUCCUCCACGACCAGUGAAAGACCGGAAGGAUGAAGAUUUAUUUUUAACAGAUGGAAUUUUGUGGCUUUUGUAAGAAAAGUGGACAGUUAAGAAUGUAAAUAUUCUCAUCCCUGACACUCCAAGAAGGGAAAUAUGCCCCCACUCCCCCCUAUCAUUGUGAGUAUGAAAUACACACACGACUACUAGUUCAUGCCCUGGGAUUAUUAACAUGAUCAUUUGAGUGAUUUCAUCAAUAUUUUUUAUAGAAAGCAAUUUAAACUCUUUUGUGUUGCACAUUUGAAAAUAAUAAACAUUUUGCUGGUGACUUUAA